GUCCAUUCCAAGCCAUCUCGCGUCAAAAGCGGGGCCGCGACGGGCGCAAGAGGCAGCCCCGAGGCGCAAUACGCGGUGACCUCGCCUCCAAUAGCCCCCCGGGCACGCCGCUAUUUAUAUUUGCGGCCCUGCGACGAGCGCGGGCCCCAUGGAAGGCAGCCCAGCGAGGAUGGAUGAUGAGGAGGAGGCCUGCACGCCCGUAGCGGACGAGACCACGCCGCUGCAUGGGGAGAAGCCGGCGCGCCGCCGCUCACUAGUGCUCGGCGCCUGCGCCACGCUUGGUCUCUUAGGCGCCGCCACAGCGACGGGCCGCCGCACAACAGCAGCUUUGUUCGGCUGGAGCGCGACCUGGGGUAAUGAUUAUCAAUGCCGCGAUGGCGGCUGGUUGGAAUUAUCAAAAUAUACCAUCACGACUUCAAGCCCAGAACUCGACGCGGAGUUUGCGACGCGCGUUUUUGGGGCCACCGACCAAUUAACGGGCGGCGACGAGGGCGCCGACGACGACACGACGAAUUUGGAAGAUCCCUCGACGUACUGGGACUGUAAUGGGAAGGUCCAUAUUCGCAAGUUAGCUUUCGGGGCCGUGAAGCCCAUGGAACUGCAUUUCCCCUACAUCCACGACAUCACGCCGACGGGACCGCUGGACGUGAAGUACUGGGACGACUACCAGAAGGCGUUGAACGACGAGUCGUUCGCUACUAAUACGUGGAACCCCUUCAUGCACUACGCGUUACACAUGUAUAAUCCCGACCUGACCGCUACUGCGAAACGGUUAGUGGCGGACAACGAACCUUUCCUAGCGAGGAAGGGCCAGUCGCCGUUGGAUGGGCGGACUUAUUAUACGUUAGUUGUGGGUUCUCCCACGGGCAAAGUGUAUGAAUUGACCUCACCAAGACUCGAUGACGGCAUCGUUGAGCCUAUCGAGUGGACCGCGGACGAAUGUCCCGCGUGCCACUUCUCGAAGGUGUAUGAUGGCGACGUGUUAGAUCAAUGGUGGGCAACCAACAAAGACUAUCAAGGGAGGCUGCCUACCGCCGAUCAGUGGUUCCCCGUCCGCGUUUCGAUAGGCGCGGCGCACGUCGAUAAUGCUGCUAAUUUUUGGAGGACGCACUUCCCCGUCCUGGACUCCGUCGUGUCGAAGAGCGGACUGUCUCGCGUGUUAACGGUGAAGAACAUCCACUACAUCUUCCAGGAGGAGAUGCAGAUCGAGUUAUCUUAUGUCGAGAACAACGCUCAGUUUGGUGGGAAGCACUCCGUGGUGGAUUACGUCGAGUACAUCAACUCCGUGCGUGAUGCGUAUGCCGGUUCAAAUUACGGAUGGAGCGCCUGGUACGACCGCCACCUCGGUUUGGGGCUCUCCGCGUGCCCCUUGGACACGUACAUGCGCGCCUUCACCUCUGCUGGUAUUGCGUUCACGCCGCACGAGACGUCGGCCAUCGGCGACCACUUCCACUCGGAAGGUGUGGAAGGGUAUGGGUUGGAAUUCCAGGGCGACUUCGACUACUCGUUCCAGUCGUCGUAUUCAGGCUUCGACUUCUGCACCUGGAACACGAUGGAGGACUCCUUCUAUUUGCAUCAAGGUUUAGAACCGCCGUCGAUGCCGGAUCCGUCGCGCGCCUGAAACCUCGGCGCGCCCGAUCGCUCGCUCCAUCGCUCGCUCUUGUGUAAGAAUUCGAAUCG